AUGGGGCCAGAGAUCCGCCGGGCCAUAUCAUGUGACCUGCAGGAGGAGGGGCUAGUGGACGACGAGGACGAGGACAUCUACAGAAGGAAUGGCGGACUCUUCGGGGACCACCUUAACCACCUGGACCAGGGCCAGGCCACCACCGUGACCCAGAGACCCCUGCAGAUCCUGCCCUCCCCCCUGGACCUCACCCCCCCAGAGCUCGGGCCUCCCUCCCCCCUGGACCUCACCCCCCUGGACCUCACCCCCCCAGAGCUCGGGCCUCCCUCCCCCCUGGACCUCACCCCCCCUCCCCCCUCCCCCCUGCUGAACCACUACGGCCGCUCCCCCGUCCCGUCCAACGCCAACCUUAACAACGCCAACAGGGGGCAGCAGAGGCUCCUUCAGAGGGCCCGUCCCGCCUCAGUCCACAGCCGCUCCUCCCCCUACAGCCGCCUGAAGGACCAGGGCUGGAAGUCCCACUCCACCAGGUUCACCGGGUGCUGA